AAAAAAAAAAAAACACUACUUCCGCAGCGUCACUAAUGACACGUAUUGAAGAUGGCGGCCGCGGCUAUGGAGACGUGGUGGGCCUUGCUGCUGUUGUCCCUGUUUCCUGUGGUUCGGCCCUUCUAUGUUCCCGGAGUCGCUCCCCGGGACUUCCACGAGGGUGCCACAGUAGAUAUUAAGGCAGUGAAGCUGACCAGCUCCCGUACGCAGCUUCCUUAUGAAUACUACUCGCUGCCUUUCUGUAAGCCGGAAUCGGUCUUCUACAAGGGAGAGAACCUGGGUGAGGUGUUACGCGGGGACCGCAUUGUGAAUACCCGCUACAAUGUCGAGAUGACUAGGGACAAGACAUGUGAGAUGGUGUGCAACAAGAAAAAGCUGAGCAUAGAAGAAAGCAAGCUUUUUGCUGAGCGAAUCCAGGAGGAGUAUUAUGUUCACCUUAUCGCAGACAACCUGCCAGUUGCCACCAGGUUAGAGUUCUACCCCAACAGAGAGGGAGGAGGGGAGGAGGAGAAGAAGGACGUGGUCAAAGACAUCCAGUUUGAACAUGGCUACAGACUGGGCUUUGUCGACAGCAACAAGUUCUAUCUGCACAACCACCUGUCUUUCAUCCUGUACUUCCACAAGGAGAAGCUGGAGCAGGGGGAAGUUCACAACUACAGGGUGGUGCGAUUUGAGGUGAUACCCCAAAGUGUGAAAGUAGAUGAUCUGAAAGCUGUGGAAAAAGAGAAGAGUUGCACCUUGCCUGAGGCCAGUGGCUCUGCCCCCCAGGAGAUUGACCCGAGCAAAGAGAACGAGGUCCUCUUCACGUACUCUGUCCACUGGGAGGAGAGUGAGGUGAAGUGGGCGUCUCGAUGGGACACGUACCUGACCAUGAGCGAUGUCCAGAUUCACUGGUUCUCCAUUGUCAACUCUGUGGUGGUUGUCUUCUUCCUGUCUGGUAUUCUGAGUAUGAUCAUUAUCAGGACCUUGAGGAAGGACAUCGCUAACUACAACAGAGAGGAUGACAUAGAGGACACCAUGGAGGAGUCAGGAUGGAAGAACGUCCACGGCGAUGUCUUCAGACCGCCUCAGUAUCCCAUGAUCCUCAGCUCUCUGCUAGGCUCAGGGAUCCAGCUCUUUUGCAUGGUCCUCAUUGUCAUCUUCGUUGCCAUGUUGGGCAUGUUGUCUCCCUCCAGUAGAGGUGCCUUGAUGACCACUGCUUGUUUCCUGUUCAUGUUCAUGGGCGUAUUUGGUGGCUACUUUGCUGGCAGACUGUACCGCACACUGAAGGGCCAUCGGUGGAAGAAAGGAGCAUUUUGUACUGCAACCUUGUAUCCUGCAGUGGUUUUUGGAAUCUGCUUCGUGCUCAACUGUUUCAUCUGGGGAGAACACUCCUCUGGGGCGGUCCCCUUCACCACAAUGCUGGCCCUGCUGUGUAUGUGGUUCGGUAUCUCCAUGCCCUUGGUGUACCUGGGCUACUAUUUUGGCUUCCGCAAACAGCCAUAUGAUAACCCAGUGCGCACCAACCAAAUCCCUCGGCAGGUUCCAGAGCAGCGCUGGUACAUGAACAAGUUUGUAGGAAUCCUGAUGGCUGGGAUCCUGCCGUUUGGUGCCAUGUUCAUCGAGCUCUUCUUCAUUUUCAGCGCCAUCUGGGAGAAUCAGUUCUAUUAUCUGUUUGGCUUCCUGUUUCUGGUCUUCAUCAUCUUGGUGGUCUCCUGCUCUCAGAUCAGCAUUGUCAUGGUUUAUUUCCAGCUCUGUGCAGAGGACUACCGCUGGUGGUGGAGAACUUUCCUGGUUUCAGGAGGCUCAGCGUUCUACGUCCUCAUUUACGCCGUCUUCUACUUUGUCAACAAGCUGGACAUCGUGGAGUUCAUCCCCUCCCUCUUGUACUUCGGCUACACGGCCCUGAUGGUCCUGUCGUUCUGGCUGCUAACCGGCACAAUUGGCUUCUAUGCAGCCUACAUGUUCAUCAGGAAAAUCUACGCUGCAGUCAAGAUCGACUGAGUCGUCACUGACGCUGCUGUUCUUGUUGUUUUUUUUUUGUUUUUUUUUGUUUGUUUGUUGUUUUGACUCAUUCAGUUUUUUUUAAUGUAUAUAUUUUUUAUUCUUCAUGUCCAACAAGCACUGACUUGUGUGUCGAGGGAACUGAGGGGUGCUUUUUACGGCUCGACAGCCCCACCCACUGGCCUCAUAGGGAAGAACAGCAAGGUGGCAGAGCUAAACCAGCUGUUUCUCUCUAUCCCUCCCCCCUCUCCCCCUCACAUAUUCCCCCCUCCCUCCUCUUUCCAGGACAGAAACCCAGAGGGAAGUCACCUCUGAUGGGACAGUUUAUGUCCUCUGCUGUUUCACCUUGCACACAACACAGUGGGCCAAAGCUUGUCAAAUGAUGGUUUCUACUUCUUCUUUUUUUUGCAUUUUGUCUUUUCAUUUGUGUUUUGAGUCUAACUUAUCCAGUUUUUAUUUUUGACAUCACAGGAUUUAUCUCUGAUUUAAGUUCUUUCAAUCAUCUUCUGGGAAGCUGUUUUCAUGAUUUCCAUGCGUAAAUUCUGUCUUUUCUCUUUCCAUCGUCUGUCUUCAAGUGUCACUUUGGUUUUAUUUUUGGAGACUUUGGAGAUCAGGGAACGAUUGAGCGGUCUUAAUUGUGGUUAUGGUGUUAACUUUGUUGUGUUGAACUGAUAUGGAUGGAAUUAUGCUGGGAAGUCCUCCAUUGUAACACGAGAAAGGAUAAAUUAAAUGUUGUAUUAUUUUUUACUCCAGUUUCCAUGUCCUGGUGUAACAAUUUUAACCACAACUUUAAUCAAAAUAUUAGCUUCUCCUUCCAAAACAAUGGGUCUCCUUUAAUGUCAAAAUAUUGGUCCAUUUGCGCUAAAUGAUACAGAACAAGUCUGAAUGAGACUACGAACCCGACGCCCUGACGCAGUGGACUGUUGGGUAAAGCUGCUGGAGUUGGACAAAAGGAAAAAACUACAGUCAACACAGAAAUGACACGGAGGAGUAACCUUUUUGUAUUUGUAAGUCUACAACACAAAUCUGUGUUUGGAGCUUUUCCAGUAGAACAGUAUGUUGUUUUUUUUCUGCUCAUUAACAUGCCGUCAGUGUAGCCUUAGCAGAGCUGGACGCCUGCUGAACUAUGCAGUAAUGGAAAGACAGCAACAUUGCAAAGGACCAUUUUUGUUGAGGAAAGAUGCCUCGUUUCUUUCAGUCUGAAUCUAAUGUACGAUACAUUUUUGUGUAUAAUAUGAAAAAUCAUUUUUGAAAGCCAGCAAGGUCACCUCUCUUCGUCUUGACAGUGGUUUGGUGUCAUGGGAGGCAGAGCAUUGAAAUGUAAUCCACAGCGUUCUUAUUCCAUCUGUACAGUCAAUGUUUUUGUGUAGACAGAUGCUCAUGAUGACUUUUAUUUUGAAGGGGGUUCUGUUUUUCUGGGUCAUGAGAUUUCUCAGCUACAAAACUUUGGAGAUGCAUUUUUCCAACAUGUUUGGAACCUGAUUCAAAUCAAGCUAAGGGCUCCCACAGACAACUACUUUACUGCAGCGAGAUGACAGAGUAUUUCAUUCAGAUGACAUCAGUGGAAGAGUUUCACACUUGCUGUUAUACUUGCUUCCUCGCUAAGAGUCAGAUGAGAUUGAUACCAGUCUUUUAACCUUCUUUUAAACUGCAAACAGGGAAAUGGUUUUAGCUUCAGUCAGUCCAACGGUGCCGGGCUUCCCACUGUUUGCUGUCCUGAUGCUAAGCUUCUGUGUAACUGUACGAGGAAGACAGACGGCUUAUUUCACAAAACGACAACACGUGCAGUUCAACAUCAUUCUAGCUCCGCUGUGUUUCAGCCGGCAGGUCUCAUUCUCUGCUGCCCUGUGACAGACACAACACUGGUCCAUCAUUCUAAUGCACAGCAGUGGUAGUUCAGUGGUGGAUGUUAAAGGAAUAUUGUAAAGACUGAAAAGACGAGCUCUUUUUAAACAGACUAAAGUGAAGCCUGGCAGCUUAGCUGCACGCUCUGAGCCCUUUGGGGACGUUUUAGUUGGAGUUGUAUUGAACUCAUUUCAGCAACAAACUGAACUCAUCGUUUUUUUGCACAGAAGUAAGGAUGAUUUUUUAUUUUUUGUUUUUAUUUUUUCACUGUGGGGCUGUACAGAGGAGGGACAGGUGCCUAGAUCAACCCUGAUUCUCCAGGGCUGAAACAGUUGAAUGAAUGAAUGAGCUCAUCCUCCUGUGCUCUCCCUGUCCCCUCUCAUUGUAAUCAAGUCAACCCAACACUUGUAAAUCUAUGAACGAGCUGCUUUAAGAGAGCGAGAUGGGCCAAAUUAUCAAAGUGAGCCCUGCCACUUUGCUACGAGACAUUACUGCUCAGUAAAGCCUCAAUUCAAAUGAGUGACCAUUACUCUUUCAUUUAUUUCCAUUCCAUCAGACAUGCAGGUACCAUCUCCUCUUCACUGGACCACUCUGCCCUCUGCAUUAUGACUUACUGAGCUCUGACACUUGGCUGCUGUCUUGUGUAAAGACAGACAGACAGACAGACACUGCUCUCCUGCUGUUGACGUGCACAUGGCAGGGGAGAUUUUUUACAGAUAGACUUUUAAGAGGCCCGAGUCAUGCGUGUGUAUGUAUGAUCCAGGGGUUUACAAUGUACAUAAAAGAAGACGGCUUUGUAUUUGUUGCGUUUCGCUGUUUGUGGCGCUCUCUGUAAUGAUCCCGUCAUCGUUUUAGCCAAAAGCAUGAUGCUCAUGAUGACUGUCAAAGGAACUGUUUCUGUUACUUUCCCCCUGUUUCUUUUACAGAAUGUCCAAUUACAAAAUGUACAAUGACAAAACAAUAAAGUGAUGAGAAGUUGAAUAUGAAAA